UUUUUUUAAUAUUCUCACAACCUGAAAUUCUGCUAAUGUAAUUUGACACUUUUUCUUUUUUGAAAUGUUCAUACACAUAAUACUUUAUGUUAUAGUAAAAAAAAAAAGUUUAUCAGUUACUGGUCAUUAAAUGUAAUACCUGGUACAUAUGCCUUAACUAUGUUAUCAGAAAAUUAUACGAUUGAAGCUUAUUCAUUCUGUCAAUCUUUAAAUAGUUACAAAAAAAAGUACUUAUUUUUAAAAUCAAUAGACUCUUAUCAAAUAGGUGUGAAUUGAUAACUUUUGUCACCUAUCUCGUGCUCUUCAGUCUGCAAUGUGAAAUGAUAAGAUUACAGUAGAAUAUAUUAAAAAACAAUGGUUAAGAAUGGAUAUGAACAGAAACAUGCAGAAAUGGUAUGGGUCAGACCUCUUAAAGAUGGAGAGUUCCACUUACCUUGGGCUGCAAAAGUUAUUGAGAGGGAUAGUUCUAAAUCCAAACUUUCAGAUGAAGAAGGAAAUAUUGUUUUUGUUGACAAUACUGCCAUCAUCAAGGAAUUACAUCCUUCCGACAUAAAACCUGUGAAUGAUAUGAUCAAUUUGUAUGAUUUAAGUGAACAUUCCUUAUUAAGAAAUAUCCAGUUAAGAUAUAAUGAAAACAUUAUUUAUACUUAUAUUGGUGGUAUCCUUGUAGCAGUAAACCCUUAUAAAAAUUUAAAUAUUUAUUUUGAAGAUUUUAUUAGUAAAUAUCAAGGAAAGAGACUUUUCGAACAAGAUCCACAUAUUUUUGCCAUUGCAGCACAAGCAUUGAAUAAUUUGAAAAGACAAUUACACAACCAGUGUAUUGUAAUAAGUGGUGAAACUGGAUCUGGAAAAACUGAGAGUACUAAGUUCUUAUUGAAUUUCUUAGCUGCAAGCAGUAGUAAAAGCUCGAUAGGAAACAAAAUAGUUCAGGCUAAUCCAAUUUUAGAAGAAUUUGGAAAUGCAAAAACUACACAGAAUGAUAAUUCAUCGCGUUUUGGGAAAUACAUUGAGAUUUUUUUCCGAAAAGAUGGAACAAUGAGUAGUGCUUCAAUGCAGCACUAUCUUUUGGAAAAAGCCAGAAUUAAAUCUCAAAACCUUGGAGAUAGAAAUUAUCACAUCUUUUACAGUCUUUUAGCUGGCCUUCCUCAAGAUUUAAAAGUUCAAUUGAAAUUGACUAAACCUAAUGAUUAUUUUUAUUUGAAACAGGGUUCAACUUUUCUUUGUGAGGGAAGAAAUGAAAAAGAAGAAUUUUUGAGAUUGAACACAGCUUUUUCAACUCUUAAUUUUACAGACAAGGAAAUUACAUCAAUAUUUCAAUUACUUGCUGCAGUUCUUCACAUUGGAAACUUCACCUACGUUAGUAAAGAUGAUAGUGAUGAAGAUACACAAGUAAACCAUGACAUGCACUUACAAUGUGCAAUCCAACUUCUUUCUGUUGAAGAAGAACACUUCAUUCAAGCACUCACUCAUAAGUUGCUGUUAGUUGAAGGAACUAAAGUUGUUUCGAGCAUGACCAUUGAACAAGCAAAACGAAACAGGGAUGCAUUUGCAAUGUCAUUAUAUAAUCAUCUGUUCUCUUUUAUUUUAACUACUAUUAAUAAGUCAAUAUCCAAUCAUAAACGUUCAGGAUCUCCUUCGAUUGGUAUCCUCGACAUAUUUGGUUUUGAAAACUUUGCUUCCAAUAGUUUUGAACAACUUUGUAUAAACUAUGCCAAUGAGCAUUUGCAACAAUUUUUUGUUGGACAUGUAUUUAAACUUGAGCAGCAAGAAUAUAUCCAGCAAAAUAUCCAGUGGAAAAGUCUUUCAUAUGAAGACAAUGAAGAUGUCUUAGGUUUGAUUGGUCUUAACAAAAUGAGUAUACUAAGCAUUUUGGAUGAGCAGACAAAAUUUCCAAAGGGUUCAGAUCGAGCUAUUCUUCUGAAAUGUAAUCAGCUCCAUUUUGAUAACAAAAAAUAUAUAAAACCUAAAGCAGAAGUGAAUUUAACGUUUGGGAUUAAACACUACGCUGGCACAGUUUCCUAUUCUGUAGAAGGAUUUAUUGAAAAGAAUGUGAAUGUACUGAGCUUUGAAUGGCGCGAAGUAAUAAAUGAAUCUGGAAGUCAGUUUUUAAAAGAUCUUUUCAUAAAAGAACUGAACUCUGGAAAAAGUCGACCUCUGACAUUGGCUGGCCAGUAUAAAGUAUCUCUUGAAAGUUUAAUGACUACCCUUGGGUCUGGAACUCCUUUUUUUAUUCGUUGUAUAAAACCAAACUUGGCAAAAGAAUCAAAUGUAUUCAACAGAGAACUUGUUUGCCAACAACUUAGAUAUGCCGGGAUGAUGGAAACUGCUAAAAUUAGACAAACUGGUUAUCCUAUAAGAUACUCCUAUAAACAGUUUGUAUCAAGAUAUAGAAUGUUAGUACCUGGUUGUCCUACAAUCAAUAAGAUUUUAGAUGUGAAAGAAACUGCGAAAACGAUUUGUGAAAAGUAUUUGGAUACAAAGGAGUACCAGUUUGGUAAAACAAAAAUAUUUUUGAAAAUACCUGAUGAAAAACUCGAGAUUAUAAGAGAUCAAAUUUUUUCAAAAAGUGCUGUGAUUUUGCAGAAACAUUGCAAGGGUGCUCUAGCACGAAUUAGGUUUUUGAGAAUCAGAAAUGCCGCAGUUGUCAUCCAGAGAUAUUGGAGAGGUUAUAAACCUCGAUCUAACUUUAGAGUUAUUCAGCGUGGCUACCACAGAUUAAAGGCUGUAUUGAGAUCAAGGCAGUUAAAACAUAAUUACAGUAAAAUGAGAUCAUCAAUAAUUAGUUUUCAGGCCAGGUGUCGGGGAGUUCUCGCUAGAAAAAAAGUAUUAAACUUAAAAACAAUGAAGAAACCUAAGAUUCCUCCUAAACCAAUUCCAAAGCCAAGAAAGAAUAGCCUUCCUAAGAUGUGGAUUGAUGAUUUUAUUACAAAUGUCUUUGAGAAUGCAAUAGAAGACAAAAACAUUCCUAAUGAAUUGGGAAAAGAUCCAACAAAAGCAAAUAAUAACAAUGACUUGGUUAAAGAAAUUUUGGAAAAACCUGGAAUUCUAAGUUUUAAUAAAUUUGCUGCUGCCAAUUUUAUGGGAAAUGUUAACUAUAAAUUCACCAAUAAGGUACUCGACCAGCCACUUCUUGAGCUAGUUUCUCCUGGUGAUGUGAUGGCUGCAAAUGUUAUAUGGGUUACCAUAUUGAGAUUCAUGGGUGAUUUAGAAGAAAGUACGAUUUUAAAAGAAACUAAUCCUAAAACUAGAAAAACUAUUAUGAGUCAAUUACAGGGGACAGUUUCAAAAAGUUUUCUAAAUUCUCAAGACUAUUUAAACAUUCUUAAUGCUUUUAAGGCUGAAGAAAGCAAAUUAGUGCAUGAUAACUUUUUUAGUGGUAGAAAACUUUUGAAAAACCUAUCUUUACUUCACAGAAACAAAUUAGAAAGAGAAGUAAAAAGGGCACAACUUGAAUUAGAAGAUUUGAAAAAAUCCUAUGAAAAAUGGGCAGUUGGUUCUUUAUCUACACUUAUUGAAAAAUUGUAUUUUAUUAUUGGCCAUGGUAUUCUGAGACCAACGUUGAGAGAUGAAAUUUAUUGUCAGAUUUGUAAACAACUAACUGACAAUCCAGACCCAACAUCUAACAUGUAUGGCUGGAUCCUCAUGACAUUAUGCACUAGCUCUUUUCCUCCAAGCCCUAAAUUAUCUCCUACUCUUCUUCACUUUCUUGCUAAGGGGGGAAACAUGCUUGGUUCCUUAACACACUUACAAAGAACUCUUGAAAAUGGUGCUAGAAGCCAACCUCCUACAGCUUUUGAAUUAAAUGCUUUAAAAAAUCAAGAAAAAAUGACCGUACAAAUUUUUCUGCUUGAUGAUUCAUCAAUCAUUCUUGAUGUAGAUUCUGCUACAACUGCAAAAGAACUUUGUCAAGGUGUUUGUUCAAAAAUAAAUUUGGAAGAUAGCUUUGGUUUCUCAAUAUUUGUUUCAAUGUUUGGCCAGACUAUAUCUUUAGAAAGUGAUAAAUGGUUUCUAAUGGAUGCAAUAUCUCAAUGUGAAAUGAAAGCUGAUGAAGGAGGUUUACCAGAAAUAAAAGCUCCAUGGUCUGUUGUCUUCAGGCGAGAAAUAUUCCCUCCUUGGCACGUAUCUGUAACUGAUUCAGUAUCAAUUAAUCUCACGUAUAUCCAGAUUAUAAAAGGCAUAGCAAUUGGUGAUUACAAAUGCUCACAGCAGUGUGAACUAGAACUUUUAGUGGCCCAGCAUUAUUAUAUAUCCUGUGGUAAAAGAUUGUUACCAGAAAUCCUUAACAGUUUUCUAAAGGAAGUAAUUCCUGAGCUAUUACUUAAAAGGAAACAUAUCAAUUGGGCCAAAGCAGUUUCGGACGCUUUCAAUAAAAGUUAUUUUAUCAAGAGAAAAAUACCAGAAGAAGAAGUUAGAAUUGAUGUUGUUAAUUUUGCCAAGAAGAAGUGGCCCCUUUUGUUUUCAAGAUAUUAUGAAGUUAAUCAAAUUGCAGGUUAUUAUUUGGGUUCUUCAGACCUAUUAUUAUCUGUUAAUUCAGAUGGAAUCACAUUGGUCAAAAAUUCGAUGGAAAUAAUUAUGAAAAUCACAUACAUCGAAAUUGAAUCUUUUGAAUUUAUAGCAGGUAAUUCAAAUGAUAAGGAUAAAAUACACAUCUUCACCAUUCAUCAAUAUCAAUUUGUUUUUACUUCUGAGUAUGCAGCUAUUAUAUCAACAUCUGUUAGUUCCAUACUUGAUGGAUUGAUGUUAAAAUCUAAAUAUGCCGUUGCAAUUGGUGAUUAUUCACCUCCAGACGAAAGUUUUUUGAAAUUGCAUCCUGGAGAUUUAAUAGUACUUAGUAAUCAUGAAAGCGAUGGAAAAUGGAUGAGAGGAAAUCAUGCUGAUUCUGGUCACAUCGGAGAAUUCCCAAGAAAACUAGUAAAAAUUCUUCCUUGUGUUGAAAAACCUCCUGUUAACAUAUUGGCAUCAUAUGCUGAAGCAAUAAAUGCUGACAAGUAUGAGAUAAAGCCAACGCUUUUAAUUAAAAAGCAUACUUUGGAGAUGUAUGCUUCCAAAUAUUUCAGAUCUGAUCGGUUUCCUGCUAAAGGGCGGAAACAAGAGCUGUGGCAGUUUACUCCUGAUAAAAUUUUCUCUCCUUUGCACCGAGGGUUAUCAAAUCUUUCUCACUUAGUAACACCUAUGUGUACUGCAAUUCUUCAUUACAUGGGAGACAGAGUGCAACUAGGCCAACCAAAUUAUACUAGAACUAUUUUUGAGCCUCCCCUUCAAUUUGAAGUGUUGCGUGAUGAAUUAUACUGUCAAAUAUUGAAGCAGAUGACAGAAAAUCCAAAUGAAUCAAGCCUUAAUAAAGGUUGGGAGCUCUUACUACUAACAACCUGUCUCUUUCCUCCAUCAUCUAUUUUAAUGAAAGAUGUAGAACUGUGGUUAAAUUCAAGGCCUUGUGAAAUGAGUGGAGAAUGUUUGCAGAGAAUAAAAAUGGCCAAGUUUCAUGAAAGUUCUAGAAAAUUUCCACAUCAUUGGCUUGAAGUUGCUGCUGUACAAAAUCGAAUUUCUAUACUUCAUCCUGUGACAUUUCCAAAUAAUAUGGAACAUGUCUUUGAAGUUAAUUCAUUCCUAAAAGUGAAAGACAUCGUGGAGACUGUCUCUAACUGGUUGGGACUUACUACUUCUGAGGGGUUCAGUCUUAUUGUUGUUUUUGAAGAUGUUGCUACUGCACUUCCUGCUAAUGAAUUUUUUUUCGAUGCUAUACUCGAUGCAUGCCAUUUUCCAUUAACAGCUGAGGGUAAUUUUGAGACUCCAAAGUAUGAAUAUGAUUUAAUGUUUGUUAAAAAAUUGUGGAUGAAUACUUAUGCUGGAGUUGACCAAAUCGCAGAUUUAGUAUGUCAUUACUACCAAGAACUUCCAAAAUAUUUAGCUGGCUCUCAUAAUUGUACAGCGAAUGAUGCUAUGUACCUUGGAGCUUUAAUUUUCAUUGCAGAUUUAGAAGAAGGCAUCAGUCCAUCAGAUGUUUCAAAAGAAAUGUUGAAAAAUUUAUCAAACCUAAUUCCUGAACAGUUGUUACAUGGAUUGAACCCUCAAGAAUGGUUGAAUGGGUUAAUAAGGGCUUAUGAACAAAACAAAAUUUUGAAAAGUGAUGAAGCAAAGAUUAUGUUCCUUAAGGAAACUCAAAAAUGGCCAAAUUUUGGUUCUGCCUUUUUUAUUGUGUAUCAGUCUAGUAGCUUACAGGAUGAACAAAAAACUCUUGUUGUUAACAGGAACGGUGUAUGUCUUGUUUACUCAUCAACCAAGGAAAUAAUUGUUUUCUUAACAUAUUCCGAAAUUCUUAAUUGUGAUGUUACGCAUUUAUCUAUUUCUUUGCAUACUACUAAGCAGUCAUUCACCUGGUAUUCUAAAGCAUCGAUGAAAAUAGCUGAUCUCGUGAACUCAUACAUUGAGGCUUACGACACAAAAUACCUCCUGCACUAAUUAGCUUUGAAGAUAUUAAUCUGUAUUUGUUUUGUCAUGUUGAUAUGUUUAUAUUUUAUUUAUUUGUAUCAUUAAAGGAUAUUGUAUAAAAUGUUUUGAAAAUUAUUAUGUAUUUUCUAACAAUAUAAAAAUUAUUUUUACUUUUAUCUACAUUUUUUUUUUUUAAUAAGCUGAUGAAAAUCUGAUCAUAUUCUCUCAGUCUUAGUGUGAUAGUC